UAAAUUAUUCUUUAGUUUAUGGGAUUUGAGCACUAUCAUGGCAUGGCUUCUUCGAUUUUUGUUAACUUAGCAGCAUGUUUUCAACACUCCUCGGCUUGGUCCAAACCAAGACUGCAAUUUCAGAAUUUCCUUGUCGAAUGGCCUGUUCUUCUGUCCAAUUAAAAACAUAUCUUCGUUUUUCUCUAAAUUAUAUUCUCACUAUGUUUGAUUUUAUUCAUGAAUUCAAAUGGAUUAGGGAAAAACCAACACGGCUAGAGGGUAAGGUGGCAUUAAUCACUGGAGGGUCUAGUUGCAUAGGAGAGUCCACUGCCAGACUGUUCGCCAAACAUGGAGCUAAAGUGGUGAUUGCAGACGUUCAAGAUGAACUAGGCCACUCUGUUUGCGAAGAAUUGAAGAUUGAAUCAGCCUCAUUCGUCCACUGUGACGUUACCCGAGAAAAAGAUGUUGAAAAUACUGUUAACACAGCUGCUGUUGAAAAUAAACUAGAUUUUCUGUGA